UCCCGUGAAAGGGUCGGCCCAGGACUUCUGGUCCCGGAGAGGGGCCGGGUUCCGAUGGGGGUUAGAAGAGGAGGCUGGAGAUGUGGAAGGCGGCGGUGCUCAUGGUGGCUGCGCGCCGCGGGACCGGACAGCGGGAGGGAAUAUGGCGGCGCGGGCGCCCCCUCCCCCGCCUCGCGGAGCGGGCAGCGCUCGCCAGACAGAAAUAGCAGCCCCCGCCCCGCCUCAGCGGCGCCGCUCUAGUGCCUGGGUCGCCCGGGGAGGCGGGAGACAGCCCCGGAAGGCCUCGGCCCAGCCCCCAGGCCCUGCCCGCAGUCGGCUCCGUCACCGCCUUGCACACCCCCAGAGACGGGGAGCUCACUACCUCACACCGGAGAACUCCUUCUCCCUGUGAUUCCUGUGGGUUGCGGCUCUGCCGCUGUGCCCCUCGACCCUCCCCUUAUACCACCGCCUGGGGACAGCCUUGACACAGCCAUGGGAAAAGGGAAGACCAUGGAGACUUCAGGAUUCUCCUCCCAGACUGAGGACCACAGUGAAGUCCACAGAGAUAUAAAAGAUGAAGACAACGGACAGACAGAUUUCCAAGAGCAAGAUGGAAAGACCGGAUUCUCUUCCCCGAAACAAUAUGAGAGAGACAAAUCCUCCUCCUCCUCUUCCUCUUCUUCAUCUUCUUCCUCGUCCUCUUCCUCCUCCUCCUCCUCAGACAGCGGUGAUGAGGACCACAGAGGAAUGAGGGAACGUCGGCGGGGCCACAGGAACAGCUCACCUGGUGCUGAGCAUGGGGAGCCUGAUGUUUUGAAGGAUGAGCUUCAACUCUAUGAAGGUGCCCCUGGAGAGAUGGUGCCUUCUGGGGAAGCAGGACUCCGGAGAAGAGGCUCUGACCCAGCAAAUGGAGAAGUGGAGGCCUCUCAGUUAAGAAGACUGAAUAUAAAGAAAGAUGAUGAGUUUUUCCAUUUUGUCCUCCUCUGCUUUGCUGCUGGGGCCUUGCUGGUGUGUUAUCAUUAUUAUGGAGACUGGUUCAUCUCUCUGGGGGUCGGCCUGCUCAUCUUCGCCUCCCUGGAGACCGUUGGCAUCUACUUUGGGCUGGUGUACCGGGUCCACAGCAUUCUACAUGCCUUCAUCCCCCUCUUUCAGAAGUUUAGGCUGAUGGGGUUCAGGAAGACUGAAUAAGGCCAGGCCACAGCUUGACCAUCCCUGCAUCCCCUGGACACCCGUGGAGAGAGCAGUGUUCUAGGAAUCACAUGGAUAGGCCAAGCUAGGGCAAUAAAGACCGGGCUUUUCAUUCCAUGGGGUCUGAACAUCAGCACCAGCCUGGGCCAGGCUACCAUUUGGGUAGCAUUGACAUGCAAUCCGGUUGCCAGGAUGGAAAGUGGAGGGAGAGCGGGAGUGACCUGAGCCCUUCAUGCUACCAGGAUCAGCUGGAGGAAUCUGGGAUGUCACUGCUCUCAGCCCUGCAAGCUGUCAUCUGUCUGGUCUUGUGCAUUCUCUCACAUUCCUCAGGCCAACCCUGGGGGCUCUCAAGUCUACAGAACCAUCCCUGGACAGACAGACAAUCUGCUGCCCUGAGGCAGGGAGCCACCAGGCCAGGCCUCCUGGGUGAACCUGGUACAGGUGAGAUGUUGGGGACCAAAGUCACAGCCCCACCCCCCAGUGACAGUCACACCACCCUGGACUCCAUCAAGAUUCGAAUAAACUUUCUCUUUCCUGGACUAAAAA